AUGGAGCUGGACAGGGAGGAAGCGAUGCUGUCCACAUACUUCGAAACCAUCAACGACCUGCUGUCCUCCUUUGGGCCGGUUCGUGACUGCUCUUGGAACAAUGGGGGCUGUACUCGAAACUUCAAGUGCGUGUCUGACCGCCAGGUGGACUCCUCAGGAUGUGUGUGCCCCGAGGAGCUGAGGCCCAUGAAGGACGGCUCCGGAUGCUACGACCACUCCAAAGGCAUCGACUGCUCAGACGGCUUCAACGGUGGCUGUGAGCAGCUGUGCCUGCAGCAGACGCUGCCUUUGCCCUCUGAUGCCACCUCCAGCACCAUCUUCAUGUUCUGCGGUUGUGUGGAGGAAUACAAGCUGGCUCCUGAUGGAAAAUCCUGCCUAAUGCUCUCAGAUGUCUGCGAGGGCCCCAAAUGCCUCAAACCCGACUCCAAAUUCAACGACACCCUCUUUGGAGAGAUGCUACAUGGUUACAACAACCGGACCCAGCAUGUGAACCAAGGCCAAGUCUUCCAGAUGACCUUUAGGGAGAACAACUUCAUCAAGGACUUCCCUCAGCUGGCCGAUGGGCUGUUGGUGAUCCCACUGCCGGUGGAGGAGCAGUGCCGGGGGGUCCUCUCCGAGCCCCUCCCGGACCUCCAGCUGCUCACUGGUAAGCCACACAUGCUACACCCCUCCCCGCCGCUCUGA